CUAUUUUAAAAAGCUCAAAAAGUCUGCUGGCUCCUCUGGAAGUUAUAUUUCUACAUCUGUCUUUGCGUUUGCUGAACUGUCAAACAGAUUUGAAUUCUGGAAUUUAUUGUGCGUCACGUCUCGUAUAAUGUCUCUGUUAUGUUUGCCAGCUGCAGCUCUGAGCCUGUUUCAUGAUAGAAAACCUGACUUUAUGAUCUUGUAAAAGCAGACAGUAUUGUUUAAACUAGCAGUUAAAAUGUGAUCAUGUCAAUGAGGGAAGUUAUUUUAUCCAAAAGAUUCACGUGAAUAAAAGUGCAAAUACUUCUCAUUCACAAAAAAAAUUCAGUUAAACAUAACAGCACAAUCAGUUUACGCCAAGAACAAAAAUCUUUGAGCUGAUGUACUGUACUGUAUGAUGGAUAAGAAUAUAUUUUUAUUCAUCAUACACUACAGUACAUCAGCUCAAAGAUCCCUCCAUUUUCUUUCACUUGCCCAAUUCAAGGUUGCAGGUGGGGGGGAAAUCAAAAUAUAGUGAAUCACUGUGUGUCAGUGAAUGCAUCAUGUGUGUUUUAGGCUGCAGCUUCAUCUCUCCAUCUAAUGGACUGAUAGUAGAAGUAGAUCAGCUGAUGGCAGCUUCCUCUGCCUCACUGCUGUCUGACUGCAUUCAGCUGACACUGAGAUGAAGCAGGAAAAAAGCAGCUGAUAUUUGGACACCUACAUGAUGAAAGGAGGAUUUCAGUUGAUGUGCACAUGAAUGAUGUGUGUUUCCUCUGCAGGUGAAGGUAGAAAGUGUGUGUGAGCUGAUGUGAAUUCAGCAGCAUGGAUCAGUGUGAGGACAGAGAGGAGGGAGUCCCUCCCUCUAAAACCACUCUGUGUGGGGAACAUGAGAGCCAGACCAAAGCUCAGAGGAAUCAUCCUGAUUCUAGACUUAAACCCAUCUACACGUCUUUAAAAAGCAACGUGUCAAAGGGUAUUGGUGAAGAUUUUAAAGGACAGCAUUUUCCCACAGAAAGAGUGGAUCAGGAGAGCUCAGAGGUUCCCAGUGGUCAGUCUGCCCAGCAGUAUCAAACACAGCUGGACUCCAUAUUUAUGCUAGGGGAGGAAUACCCUGAGAGUCAGAAAGGCGAUGAUGAGGUGUUGGAGAAGAAGAAUCAAGAGCAGAGAUGUCAGAAAACCACGCUGGACUUCCUGAUGGGAAUGGAGCUGCAGGAGCUGGCUGACCAUCUGCAGAGCAAAGUGUCCACUCAACAUUAUCAAUGUAAAUUAAAAUCUACUCUGAAGAAGACAUUCCAGUACAUGUUUGAGGGCAUCGCUAAAGCAGGAAACCCAACCCUUCUGAAUCAGAUCUACACAGAGCUCUACAUCACAGAGGGAGGGGCUGCAGAGGUCAAUGAUGAACAUGAGGUCAGACAGAUUGAAACAGCAUCCAGGAAACCAGACAGACCAGAAACAACAAUCAGACAAGAAGACAUCUUUAAAGGCUCACCUGGAAGAGAUGAACCAAUCAGAACAGCGCUGACAAAGGGAGUGGCUGGCAUUGGGAAAACAGUCUUAACACAGAAGUUCACUCUGGACUGGGCUGAAGACAAAGCCAACCAGGACAUCCAGUUCAUGUUUCCAUUCACUUUCAGAGAGCUGAAUGUGCUGAAAGAGCAAAAGUUCAGCUUGGUGGAACUUGUUCAUCACUUCUUUCCUGAAACCAAAGAAGCAGGAAUCUGCAGCUUUGAAGACUUCCAGGUUGUGUUCAUCUUUGAUGGUCUGGAUGAGUGUCGACUUCCUCUGGACUUCCACAACACUGAGAUCCUGACUGAUGUUACAGAGUCCACCUCAGUGGAUGUGCUGCUGACAAACCUCAUCAGGGGGAACCUGCUUCCCUCUGCUCACCUCUGGAUAACCACACGACCUGCAGCAGCCAAUCAGAUCCCUCCUUGGUGCAUUGGCAUGGUGACAGAAAUCAGAGGGUUCACUGACCCACAGAAGGAGGAGUACUUCAGGAAGAGAUUCAGAGAUGAGGAGCAGGCCAGCAGAAUCAUCUCCCACAUCAAGACAUCACGAAGCCUCCACAUCAUGUGCCACAUCCCAGUCUUCUGCUGGAUCACUGCUACAGUUCUGGAGGAUGUGCUGAAAACCAGAGAGAGAGGACAGCUGCCCAAGACCCUGACUCAGAUGUACAUCCACUUCCUGGUGGUUCAAGCCAAAGUGAAGAAGGUCAAGUAUGAUGGAGGAGCUGAGACAGAUCCACACUGGAGUCCAGAGAGCAGGAAGAUGAUUGAGUCUCUGGGAAAACUGGCUUUUGAGGAGCUGCAGAAAGGAAACCUGAUCUUCUAUGAAUCAGACCUGACAGAGUGUGGCAUCGAUAUCAGAGCAGCCUCAGUGUACUCAGGAGUGUUCACACAGAUCUUUAAAGAGGAGAGAGGGCUGUACCAGGACAAGGUGUUCUGCUUCAUCCAUCUGAGUGUUCAGGAGUUUCUGGCUGCUCUUCAUGUCCACCUGACCUUCAUCAACUCUGGAGUCAAUCUGCUGGAAGAACAAACAACCUUUCAGAAGUCUGAAGCAAGAAAAUCUACAGAGAAAGAUUUCUACCAGAGUGCUGUGGAUCAGGCCCUGCAGAGUCCAAAUGGACACCUGGACUUGUUUCUCCGCUUCCUGUUGGGCCUUUCACUUCAUACUAAUCAAAGUCUUCUGCAAGGUCUGCUGACACAGACAGGAAGUACAUCACGGAUAAAACAAAUUCAACCACAAUGUCUGUUGACACUGUUGGGAAGUGUCCAGAACAAUAGAAAAACAGUUCAAUAUAUCAAGCGGAAGUUUAGUGAGAAUCUGUCUGCAGAGAAAAGCAUCAACCUGUUCCACUGUCUGAAUGAACUGAAUGAUCGUUCUCUAGUGAAGAAGAUCCAACAGUCCCUGAGAUCAGGAAGUCUCUCCACAGAUAAACUGUCUCCUGCUCAGUGGUCAGCUCUGGUCUUCAUCUUACUGUCAUCAGAAGAAGAUCUGGAUGUGUUUGACCUGAAGAAAUACUCUGCUUCAGAGGAGGCUCUGCUGAGGCUGCUGCCAGUGGUCAAAGUGUCCAAGAAAGCUCUGUGA